AUGAAGAAGAGCCAGGGCGGCUCCAGCUGGACGAGCGACGCGAGCCUGAUGUUCGGGGGAAACGUCCAGAAUGUGCUGACUCCGUCCUCCACGACCACCACCACCUCCUCUUCCUCCUCCACGCCCUUCUGCUCCCAGAUGACCUCCGUGGACGGAGUCAGCUUCUCCGAGGGCGAACUGCUGCUCCAGGCGCUGAGCGGCUUCGUGUUGGUGGUGACGGCUGAAGGUUACGUCUUCUACAUGUCCCCCACCAUCCAGGACUUCCUCGGCUUCCACCAGUCGGACGUCGUCCAUCAGAGCGUUUUCGAGUUGAUCCACACAGACGACCGAGCUCUGUUCAGACGUCAGCUUCACUUCGCCCUCAAACCCAACGCCAACCAAUCCGACAGCGCUGCGGACAGUCCCAGUGAGAACUCUGCAGAGAUCAGCAGCGGCGUGCUGACCUACGACCCUCAGGCCAUCCCGCCAGAAAACUCGUCCUUCCUCGAGAGAAACUUCUGCUGUCGAUUCCGCUGCCUCCUGGACAACUCCUCCGGCUUCCUGGCGUUGAACUUCCGCGGCCGCCUGAAGCUCCUCCACGGUCAGAACCGAGUGUCAGAGAACGGGACGCUGGUGCCCCCUCAGCUCGCUCUGUUCGCCAUCGCCACGCCGCUGCAGCCGCCGUCCAUCCUGGAGAUCCGCACCAAGACGCUCAUCUUCCAGACGAAGCACAAGCUGGACUUCACGCCCCUGGGCAUUGACCCCAG